CUCGGAUUUUGAUCUUUUAUCUUUCUAUAAAGGCUUGGGAAGAAAAAUCUUUACCCAAAUCUCACUUAGGAUGGUUCUUUUUAGUGUUUGGUGAAGGUAAAGCGACAAAAGAAAAUAUGUCAAUUUUUUGGUUCAUUUGACCUUUAAUGGCCGUCACCAAGCGGAUGUGUUUAUCGUUUGUUGUUUUUCCCCUUCGCGCGUCUCACGUGAGAGAGGAAGUUGAAGAUCGAUGAGUCGGCAGAAGUUUAUGACGUAAGGGAGAACUUUAAUAAUGUUUGCGGCAUAUAAGCAGAUGUCAUUCCUUUAAGUCACAGCGAAAUAGUUAAUUUGAAUUUUCCUAAAUGGAGUCGAUGAAGGGCUGCCAAACUCAAACUAACGUGCUAUCACCUUUAUCGCCUGCCAUCCCAGCUACAGAAUUGGAGGGAGUACGCGAUAUGCCAAUGCAGAGCUCACAUGAAGCUGACUUGGAACAUGCAAUUUCACACUCUCCUCAAGAACAACCAGUAAAACCUAAUUGUCCUCGCUGUUGCGAAGAUACAUGUAUGCUCAAAACCAUCAAAGGUAGGUGAUUUUUUUUGGGGGGAUGGGGGUUUGCUGUACCAUUUUAUUCUGUCUAAGUUUGUAGCUUUGCAUUUUGUUUCUUCAUACAACAUGAAAAUAUGCUUAUAUUGGAUUACAAUAUAUACAUAGUUAAAAUAUCAUAAUAAAAGCAAAGGGAGAUAACAAAUAUUAGUAAAAUGUAAAAUCCAACUAGGGGUCUAUUAUCGAUGCUGCAUUCUGAUUGGUUGAGCUACUACUAGGCUAUAUGUUAUAGCCCCCUGGUAGCGAAAAGCGCUGGCUUUUUGGUGGUAAAAAAAGGAUUAAAGUCUAGCUUUUAACUAGCUAAAAAUUUUUUUACUCAAUAUUUUUGACCAACUAGUUGGAUUUUACUAAAACAAUUAUUAUUCCUCUCGCCCUCCUGGCCUCUGAGUCAAUAGCCCAUUCAGCCUUCGUCCUCAUGGGCUAUUGACUCAGAGCCCAUUCGGGCUCGAGGAAUAAUUGUUAAUUAUCAGUACAAGAGCAAGAACUAAGAGCAAGCAAUACUUAAUAGUGUACUAAUGGAGAUAUUUUCAGUAAAUGAUAAACAGUGUGCCAGAAUUUGGCAUUCAUUUGAUUCAUAUAUUAAUUUGAUCAUCCAAAUAAAAUAAAUUGUAUGUUAAGACCUCUGAUGAAGCCAGAAGCCAAGUUUUUAAGCUAUAGGUCUAGAAUACUGUUUUUAUUAUUUGCUGUAAGAGGACAUCAAUUCUGUAUUAUGCAAGAUAAUAUAAAAAAAAUCAAUUAUCAUUUGAAAGUUUGGCCAUGUACAUCAGCAAAACUGAUUGGUUCACAGUUUAGGCAAAUGGUAAGCAAAAUUCAGGAGUGUACCAUUUGCACAAAGAGUUCCAUAUUUUACCAAAAAAUGGCUGUGAAGGCCUGAAACUUGUAUCAAAGAUGGCCUUGAAGAAAUUCUACAUGAAUUUCUGUUUGGAACAUUUUGUUGGGAGAAACAGGUCUGGACUACCUUCUCAGAUGUUGAUCCAUUGUUUGCACUGAUGCAACAUUACCCAAGAAGUAAAUUUUACCUUCCAACCGAAUUAUUCUGGAAACUUUUUGUAAAUAGUGAGCAACCUCUAACAGUGUUAUUUAAGAGCUGCUUCUAUUUUAAUCUUUUAAGAAACUGCAACUGUCAAUCCAAGAAGUGAUGUAGUAACAGAAAGUCAGCUUGCAAGUAUCUGUCAUGAAGUAGGGACUUGCUGGCGUGAGUUGGGACCAAAGCUAGACAUUUCAGCAUCAAAGAUUUACAACAUUAAUGAGGAGUAUAGAGGUAACUGGCACAAAGCAAAUGCUCUUUUGAUCUUGUGGAAACAACAGGAAGGAAGUAAUGCCACAGUCGGCCAUCUAGCAGAUGUUUUGGAGAAGAUAGGAAGAAGAAGCAUUGCUGAAAAACUGCUUGGUACGUGAGUACUAAUGAAUUCCAGUACUGUAAAAAUUUGCAGUUCAUCAAGUUCAUACAAAACAAAUGUACAUCAUUACAGUUUAUGUAACUGCUUGUCCAAAAACUGAGAUCCAUAUGUUGUUAACAAAAAAAAAUCAAGAUGUACUGUAAAUUCACCACCUUAGAUACCUGAGUAUGCAGUAUAUUUUAUGCAGUUGACUUUAAAGCCAAUGACACCGUUCAGCAUUUUUGAACAUUGAUCACAUUGACAACAACAAUAAAUGUUGGAAAUUUUGCCAAAAAAUUGGUAGCCCGCGUAGCUGGUGCUAUUGUGUAGUAGUCGAGUGAGAGUUGGUGGCGAAGCUGUAACAAGCGGUGUAAGCUGCUCAAAAUAGAAAUACCGUCGGCCAGGGAACCAUGAUUUUUCAAAUGCCGCCCACUUUUAUCACCUCAACUUAGCGGACCUCUUAGGCAAUAGAUGUUCAUUUCAAGACUUCAAAAGGUCACUUUUUGUGAUUUGUGAUUGUUGGAUUUCGAUCCGUUUUUAUUUCAAGUUUCCUUGCUUGUGAGCGUCCUGUUUUGGGCAAUUAUUGACUUGUUUGCGGUGGUUUUUCUGAUCUUUCUUAAUAUGAAUUGUUUUCCUCAGCCUCACUUGUAAGUCUGCCUCCUUCCUCCUUCCCUCAACAAAAAUACUGUUGCGAUUUCCUUCACUAUUAAGCAGUCAAGAGUUAUCCUCAGUUUUUGCUCUUGCCGAACCCUGUGGGCAAAAUUGCCAUAACAUCACGUCCAGCAAAAAGCUCCUUCACAGCUGUUUCCUGCCCCCUAUUAGAAUAAUUUUCUGCUUCUCUUUGCUCACAUUGAGAUCUUCUAGAGCUUUAUCGAUACUUAAUUCAGCCGAGUCCGCCAUUAUAUUCCCCAAGAGUUUACCAUCUGCUCCCUUGGGAAAAUUGCGAAGGAUGGUCUAAUGUGAUUGACAUAUGUAUGGCCCUCGACCAAUCCAUUUUCUCCGCACAAUGGUGUGUGGACUGUUCAAAGUACCGGGGUUUUCUGGCAGGCAGUAUGUCUUGUCCCCACUCCCUUUUUUAGAUCAUGGCUUUGCCAGCAGAACUUUAAUUGCGCGCUGAGACAAUACCGCCAGCUAUGCAGGCUAAAAGAUUGGUUAAAGUUGUUCAAAAACUGUCAGUUGGAACUUGUGGAACAGUGGGAUUGGAGCUUAUCUCUCAUUUAUCAAUGUGAAAAAUGUUUGAUACAUUCAACACUGUGCAUCAAACAUUUUUCUAGAUCUGUUGAACUAUGGAGCUGUUGAUCAAUCAACAAACCUUUAAGGGUGUGUAACUGAGACAAGGUCAAGCAGUCAAUUAGAGCUUUUGAAUUAGCCUUUUUUAAGAAAUCAUAGUGCAUUCCUUGGAAAUUUUCUGGAUCAGGAUCAGUGAUCUGAAACAGUCGGAUCAUGAAACUUAAUGAAUUGAUGAAUCCUUUCGAAAGUGGUGGAUUUGUCGUUUUCUUUCAUGUUUCAGGAUCUGAGUGAUCUUGGAUCACUGAUCCUGAUCCGGAUCAUCCCAAUUGAAUUUGCACCAUUACUCUAUCAUGGAUAUUCAUAGCAAUUUUAUAGAGGGCAUACACUGAUCUCAAGCCUGCAUUCAAAGUGUCAGUCAUUCAACAUAAAAUUUCCAGUCAAACUGACUACUGGUAAAUACAUUUCCUUGGUGAUGAUAUGACUCAACAUCAACAUUUUGAAAGAUAACAUUAUAUGAAUAAAUUGGUUGUUUUUAGGAGACAGUAAAGCAUUUGAGUUACCAACAUGUAUACCAGUUUCCACAGUUGGUGAUGUGAUCAGUUUAACAGUGAAUGCCAUGCAGGAUAAGGUGAAGAAUUAAAAAUUAUUUUAUUUGUGUAAUCAAGCCAAGGUUUUGUUAUGUGACUGGUCAACUUUUUUGUCUUUAAGUACAAGUAGCAAUCAUAUCUAAGCAAGUAAUAACAAAAAAAUAAUAAUGGUAAGUUAAUUUGUUACAUUAUUAAAUUACAGUUAACAAUUAUUCUUUGAAAUGAAGGUGAAUAGUGGCUGAGUAUUUACCGAACCACGAAGUGGCAAGGUAAAUAUUCCUAAAGCCGCGACUAUUCACCAAGAUUGAAAAGAAUAAUUGUUUUAUUAUAUACACACGAAGUGAUCUCAACAAAAUCAGAGAGGAAACCAUUAAAAAGUAUGAUUUGAUUGACAGAUUAAGUCAUACGAAAGUUUAAAAUAGAUCUUUUUUUUUAUACAACAACACUUUAUUUCAUAAUUUUACAUACAAAGAAAAAAUUACAAAAAUUGUAGAAAACUAGAAAAAAAGUAGCAAAAUUACAGUUUACACAAUAGCUUUAAACAUAAAGGAAAACAAACAGACAGACAACUCAAACAGGACAGUUAAAGUAUUAAAUCUUUUAGUCUACAGAGCGCCGCCUACAGUUCACUUCCACAGAAUAGUACAUUCGUUUAAAGAGGGGAGGUUUUUAAUCGAUUUUUAAUCUUAUUUUUAGAUGAUACUGAAGCCUGAACGGCCAAAAAAAUUUUUGUUGGAGACCGGCUCCUCCCCCCCUUAUCUCAAGGGACUGCCCCCACCCCCUAUCUCAAGGUCUGGAUCUGGCACUGUGCAGGAAGGUGUUGCCAUCAACCAUUUCUCAACACUCAAUGAUGAUGUCAGAAGUGGUUCAAGGGUUGUCACUUAAGGAUCCAUGGGUGGUUUCAGGUGCAUUAAGUGUGAAUCAUGAGUAAACCUUUUUCUAAUAUUUUUUUUACAGGAGUUGUAUUGUGAAGAUGCUCAUGGAAAUAAAUUCAUUGUCAAAGCAGUUACUAGAAGCCUAGACCAAUGCCAUUCUGAGGAGGUAAACUAAUCAUUUGUCAAUCAUCCAGUCAAGAUAUUAGUCCGUUUCUUAACCUGUUGCUUCAGGCUCUGUGGCCUAGGGGUCCAUAUAAAAGUGAUGGGGAUGCUCGUUAAAAAAUUGAAAUCAAACCCCCAAGGGAGACCAAUGUGGGUGUGGCUCAAUGGGCAAACACCCUAAGUGCAGACACAGAUAUGCAAUUUACACCUCCAAGCAAGAGGAUGAGCAUCCCCUAUCACUUUUAUAUGGGAGUCCCACUCCCAGGCUCUGCAGAAUCACUUCCUUGUACAUUUACUUGCUUUUUUUCUAAUUUAAUGGCAACACGGUACUUCAAUGGUUAGUUACUAUAAGUAUUUGAACCAUCUUGUGGCAGGUGCAGAAGAAUAAGAUCCUAGACAGAGAAGCUGUAACUGCUCAGGAUAUGGAAAAAACAGAAGAGCAAAAACUCCAAGAACGCUUGAAGCGCUAUUCCUUAAGGAUUGAGGAGCUAACUAAGGAGGUGGAAGGACUAAGAUGGCAAUUUAAACAAAAGGUGGACUGUGCUGAUUAUGAUGGAGAAACAUCUACAACGAUUAGCAGUACUAGAAGGGAUGCACAGCCAUCAGAGGUGCCGGAAAAAGUACAACAACAGGAUGCAGUACAACUGCUUGUUUCAUGUGAAGAACAUAAAGCAAAUUUCAAAGGAAUUUACUAUGGCCUCAUUGACAGGAUUGGUGAGCUUAAACAACUAGGAGAAGAUAAUGUCAUGUGUAUUAAACAUCUUUUUGCCUCUGUUAAGGAAUUCAGAGAUGGUGUGGAAAAAAUAUUUGUCCCAAAAGUGACAUUUCUUCACAGUAUGAAGCAACAGUUAGAUGAGAAUCAUGCAGCCCAAGUUGAAGAAUUAGAGCAAUGGAGCAAGACACAAAAAAAGCAACUUGGUGAAGUUGAAAAGCUGCUGUUGAGUGUGCUUUGUCAGGAGAAAAUUAGUCGGGUAUGUUUUGGAAUAACAUAACUUCUAAUGUUUUACAUAUUUUUAGUAAUUAUUGUUUCAAACUUUGGUUUGAUAUCUUUAAGUCACUGAGAGGGGUACCUGGAUGUAAUUCACAAGCUGAUGAAAUAGAAAAUUUUAUUGGGUGAUAGACCAUAGGUGAUACUGUCUUUGCCAGAUUUCACAGGGCAAAGACAGUAUCACUGGUUCUUUUUGCUGCUUCGAUGGCAAAGUAAAAAUGGCAGUCCUGUCUUCUGUAGGAGACUUACUCUGGGCUCACACAGGUUAUGCUGGAAAACCUGGAAAGCCAUGGAAUUUAAGAAUUUCAUUUUCCAGGCCUGAGGGUCAUGAAAUUUAAUCGUGGGUCCUUGAAAGCCAUGGAAAAUUAACGUUUUGUGUGAUAGAUUAGCUACCUCUCGGAAUACUUCAGAUGACAAAGCAAGGACAAUGUAAGAUAAAAGAGGAGUACUUAAACAGCGCGAGCGAAACCUGAGGCCAUGGGAAAAGUCAUGGAAUCUGAAAAGCCCAAAAGAGUACGAACCCUGUUACUGUUGAUAAAUACAUUGACACUGAACAAAUUAUUUUUUUAAUUUAAUAGGAGGGUUUAUACCAGAAUCAGCAAAUCAGGAAUAAUAAUUAUUUAGACACGACACUUCCUUUUUGUCCUUUAUCUAAGGGCACUUUCCAUUUGUCAGAACUGACCGGCUGGACCAUGGCUGGAGCAGUCAUUUUUACAAUGAAAUAGGCUUUUUCCAAGAGUUUUCGCUGAAAAACCAGCUCCUUCAUGCAUAGUAUUUAGGAUUUGACUUAUUUGGUUGAAUAGUUUUGAUUAAAAGUGAAAUUCUCGUUACUACGGGAAUGGUCUGGCCUGCCAGUUCUGAAAAAAGAAAACGCCCUAAGACCAAGACUUUCCUCUAAGGAAAAUGUGGAAUUUUAUGACUUGCAGGAUGUACUAAAGUAGUACACUUAUUUGUUUGUUCUUUAGUGCCAGGCAGAAUCCCGUGUGACUAUGAUGUCAUCCUCUGGAACUAAAGGAAAGGUAAUUAGUGAAUGGGCUUUAUUUUUAACCCCUUGCCAAAAGCUUAACUAUCUCUUUGCCAUCAUUUGAAUGUUUGGUAACAUAUCAAGGGUUUCCUAAAACAAUUAACUAGAUUUCUAGCUUAUCGCUGAAAGGAAACCUCUUUACUUUCACGCUAAGACGGUCAAGACCAGCUCCUUAGUCCUGACUCGUGUAUUUUGUGUCUCUCUAUAAUGCAUAAUUUCAUUUUAAAAAUGUGUACAAGAUGAUUUGACGUCCAGUAGCUCACAGAUAGCACAUAUUUCUGAAUCAGUUAAUUUUUGAUAAUAGUCACCAAAAAGAGUACUUUUUUGUAUAAACAGACAAAAAAACAACAACGACAACAAAAAUCAAAACUAGCAAAUUUUUACUAAAACAUGAAGCUUAGACUACGAGUAGUCCCUCAUUGUAACGCUUACGAAUUACGCGAAAGCGCGUGAAAAUGGCUACGUGUGAGAAAAUGGUAACAUUUUUUGUCCGCCAUCUGCUUGUCAUCUUCCGUGCCGAUGGAUGGCGAUUCACGCAAUUUGCUUUCUCUUCCUUCCUGGAGGAAACUGAGGGACUGCUCGUAUAGCGUCCAGUAAGCUGGGCCGGGCCUCAGCCUAUUUUGAUUGCCUUCAGAUUUGAAAGUUUACUUACGUCUUUUCCACUCUUCAACUGUCUGCCAAUAUAGAGCUUAAGAUUCUAAGACGAGGACCACUUCAAGAACGAGUUUUUCCAAUACUAAUUUGUGCGCGCGCUCGAACCAACGUCAUGUAGUAGAUGUCAUCCGUCUACUACGAGUUUUAGCGAGAAUGUCGUAGUGGCGAAAACAGGUUUAUCAAAUGUUAGAAAUUUUAGGGCUUAAAUACCUCCUUCAACGGGUGCGUGCUAACUCUUGUGGUGAAAAAAAGCACAGUGAAGUUUUCCGGGGUGUCUGUGUUUAGAGAAUAGGUGAGAAAACUUCAAUGUCGCCCUCGUAGUCGUCCUAGUCCCUGAAUCUAAAGCUUUCUAAUAUAUUAUAAAUGAUUAAUAUAAUAAAACCAUUGUUUUAAAAUGCUAGGACAAAUGUACAUGUGGAUUUUUUCUUAUUGUGUAGAAAACUGGUUUCCCAACUACACUAUGAUUGAGGCGGGUUUUCGGUGAGGUUUUUCUGACAAUCUUUAAUUUGUUAAAAAUUGUUUAAACAAUUUUCUCUAGGGAUUGAGAACUUAUUCGUUCAAAGGUUCUUCAAGGUCUCAAACGAUCGAAGAACGUCUAUACUUGAAUCAGAAGUGCGAUGAUAUAUCAGCACCUUUUUGUCCACAACAAAUGUCCAGUAUAUAUAUUUAGACACGGACAAGAAACAAGAGGAAAAAAGGUUUGUAGUAUUACAUUUUUUUUAAUGAUUAUUUUCUGUGAGUUCUGUGGAUUCUAAUGAAAUUUGACUUAUUCUUAACCAUUUAUUAAUUUAUCAAGAAAAUACACAGAGCAACGCUACGCCGUGGUGGUCAUAAAAUAGGCUUUUUUUACAUUAUGCGUUUGUUUGACCACUAAAAUGCGGUAUGCUUCACUUCCAUUUUCGCCACUAAAAUGCUCGGUCGCCCCUCCGCAAAAAAAAAAAGUCAUUUAAAAGCUCGGAUAAUGCUCACCGCAUCCUCGGGGACCCAGGGAAAGUCAGUUGUGUCGUGAGAAAAGGCGCGGAAAGUUUUCAAGCACGGGUGGAAGAGCCGCUGGGUAGCGACUCUUACCAGACCAUUUCCGAACUUUCGGGCGAAUGCUGGCUCCUGAUUGGGCUCAAAAAAUGCUUUGUAUUACUGUGCCCAAUCGGCGAACAGCAAAAACUAUCCCGAGUUCUUUUCGUGUUUUCUAACACGACGGCUAUUGUCUCGCCAUACUUUUUCGGUUCGUUAACCAAGGUUGUGCAUGCUAGGGAAACUGUUAUUUUCUUCUUUCCUAACCAGAAACGAAGGAACUACCGACGAUUCCAGAAAACGUUUCGGAUGCUAUCAGCAGGACCAUUCCAAAGGCUUUUUAUUAAUGCUAAGCAUUUAAGAGAAUGAAAGGCUAACAAAAAUGUUCAAGUGGCAUGAUUACGUUGUAUACAAGAUUUAUAACUUUAAUACAACAAAUUUGAAAUUUGAGUUUCGUCAUUUUCUCUUCAGAAUGUUUCAAUGUUAUUUUCUCAGAGGAAAAAAAAAUAUUUUCCGGGAAAAUGCUCACUAAAACGCUUGAAAAAAAAAUCUUAGCAUAAUGUACGAAAGCCUAAUCAUCCUUGUCGGAUAGAUUCUGUGGCACCACCCCGGGGGGGGGGGGCACUUCCUUAUAUAAGCCGUAUAGGUAUGUGCCGCCCCAAAGGGAAGGAUUUUUGUGCCGUUUCGGUCUAAAAACGGGUAUACACUUUGCUCAUUUUGGUCUGGAAUCGGGUAUGGUUUUCGAGGAAACUCCGUGUGAACGUGUGAACGUAUUUAUCGUUUCAGGUCCAAGUGAAUCAAAAAAAGAGCAAUAUGCGAAUUCGAAAGGGAUUUUUUAAAAUCUAGUUGUUUGAGCUCUAGUAAAGAAAUGAUGACUUAACUUCUAAGUAUACCAGGUCUGGAAAUGGGUUUGGAUUUAAGAGACCGGGUCUGAAAACGUGUGUGGAAAAUAACACUUUUUAAUCUGACAUAGGGUCAGGAUUUGGAUAACCGGGCGGCAUACCCCCACCAAAAAUUCCCGGGAAUAUCCCCCCAGGGCCACCACCCUGGCGCGGUGUAAGUGCGAAUUAAAAACUAUCCGUUGGUCAUAGUCAAAGAUAGUGAGUAACCUAACGGCAACCAGUUUUAAUCAUUGCAAAAGAAAAAUGAUUAUAAAAACAAAUCUCCGGAACCUGUCUCUGUUUGAAUCUUCCAUCAUAAAGUAUUGAAUGUGGCCUGCACUCAUCUAGUCUUGUGGAGAGGAGCGUUGCGUGACAACCCUAAAAUGAAGGAGACUAGCAAUCAUCAUAGUUUAUUGGUAAAUGAGCCAUGGCCCUUUUGUAAAACGCCUUCGUGUUUUUGAAACGAAUUGUAAUUACUAUUUUAAUUUGUAUUCUGUACAUUAAGUUUGCAUAAAAUCAUUUCAUACGACCUAUUUCUUGUUUCUACUUUUCAGUCUCGUUGUUCACUUGUUUACUACAUCACGAGUACAAGAUGAGUCGUCAGCCAUAAAAUAAAGUGCAAGGUGAAAUUUGUCAAGAACUUAAUGAACGUCACUCCCUCAACUUCAGGGAAUUACAAUCAUUCUUAGCACAAGUGAGGCAGUUUCAUUGUUAGAAUUAUUACAACCACUGAGGCGAAAUGGAACUGGAUAAAGAGUUAUUUAGCGUAACUAUAUACGACUCCGAAAUUACUUAUUGGUAAUCCAAUUUUUUAAAUUAUCAUUGGCGUUUUUCUUAUUUUAAGAUACCAUCAAACAAUCCGUGAAGUAGCCUGCGAACGAGCGGCGAUGAGGGAGGAGAAACGUCUGCCUUUCGCAGGCUAUCCGUGAAGUAAUUUUUGGAAUUCUCUCUUAACUAUUUUUAAAUAGCUAAAAGAGAGGUAUGUCAGUCCGAAAAAUAAAUGCGUUGUAGUAUGAACAAGCUGAAUCGGCCAGCAGUCUAGUAGAAAUGUUUAGUUUUGUGGAAAGAACACUGUUUGACUAUAGAUGACUUUCCAGGCAGUCAUUAUUUUGACUUGUAAUUUUUGGUUUGUUUUUGGUUCUUUCUUAGCCUGCGAGCAGCUCUCCAAUUAUGGCGAGCAAAGCGAACCUGGAGAGAACGCGCGAGCGAGGGCGGAGGCCCCUCGCACUGGAGAGCUUGCUCGGAGGCGAUUUUUUUCUUUGUCACUAUGCUACUGUACUUCCUGGGGCCGGAGGUUUUCUUCGUCUUUCCUCGCGCUUGAAGCGUCGCAAAGAUGGAACGAAAAAAACGAGCCAAAGCCAGAGCGUGAAAAAGUUAGUAUAGUUUGUCAAGGAAGAAAACCCUUUAAGAGCAGGAACACAAGGCUUCAUCGACAGACAAGUGUUUUUUUCGUUAAAUGAAAUGCCAAUGUGAUCCACGGAUCAUAAAAAUGCUUAUAUCUUUCAACGAAAAAUCCAAUUGAUCGCGAUGUCCAAAAGUUGGAAAAUACAGUUCUGCGAACUUUUGGCCAUUGAAUAAAAGUUGGCCGUUUAAUGAUAGAGGUUCUAUUUGCAAUGCCAAUAGUUAACUGACAAUCUUUUACCUCUGGGACUGUGGUAACUGGCCGCUGUAGAGUAUCGACCGUGUUUAUUCGAUUAAGGGCCCCGGGUGAGUGUAGGCGCUUAUUUGAGGCUGGGUGCUUAUUACAACUUUCAGCAAUGACAAUGGUAUAUAGCAACAAAACAUGAAGAUGUUGCAAAGCAGAAUUUUAACUGUUCACUGAAGCCGUUUGUUUAAGAAACUCUGUCUUCACGGAAGUCUCUUUUUUGCAAUAAAACAACCUUGUCCACUUCAAUCUCCUUGUCACUAAGGUUCAUUUUUUGGUAGGGUGUGGUAGGGGGUGGGCAUUUAUUCGAGGCUGGGCGCUUAUUAACUUUUCCUACCUAUAGGGUGGGCGCUUAUUCGAAUAACUACGGUAUAUGAAUGCUUUUUUUGCUAUUUUCAAAAAGAAGCUAUAUAUUUUUUUAAAGGUACUAGCCUGCUAUAUUUAUAGGACGCCGGUGAGUCUGUUUAUUUUCUAGGUGUCACAUUAAAAGGUAGUAGAUUAUAAUUAAAGUUCCCAUGGUGGUGGAACAAAAUACUUCUUUAACAAAUUUCUGCUGUGCAGACGUGAACGUAUAUUAAAACGAUGAAAAACUUAAUCAAAUCCGCAACUUACUUGAUUCAUAUAAGCUUACCAUCCCCUAAUGAAACCUGCGCUGACACUUCUCAAGUCAACAGAGAAAUCGAAGUUUCGAACACAAGAGAUAAUGUGAAUUCAAUGAACGCUUUUAUUGGCAGCACAGUACAAUGUAGACGCAUAGCAGGACAGCUGACGCAUGGUGAAUUUUUCUUCUGUUCAAGUCAACAUAACAAUGUGAUGUGAACAAUAGCGACCAACCUUAAAAUCAGAUUAGCAUUGCUAAUACGUGCAGCAUUGUUGCAAUCUUCGACAAAAUAAAUGGAAAUUUAGGGCCGGUGCACGUGUACAUGGAGAUGAAGGACCCCACCCUCUUGGCUGGGGUAACCCACUUGUCUAUAUAUAAAAUCUCUCAUAUGGUCACCCCACCUAUUAUGUAAACGUGAUCAAAUUAAAAUGAGAGGUUAUAUUGACAGGCGGGUUACCCCAAACCUAAGCGGGUUUUCUCACCUACCUGGGAUACCCCACCUCCCGCGUCCGAGGGGGUUUAGGUCGGUGGGAUAUAUUGUUUUAUGACGUUCCCGUUGCCUCGAGGGAGCUUUAGCAUCGACGACGGCAACGGCAGCGAAAACGACAGUUUUAAAAUGAAUUCCCUUUUUUUCAAUCUUUGUCGCGUUUUUUCCAAUUUGCUGAUAAUGGCAAGUGUAGGCGAAUUUACUUGGAGUUGAUUUCUUGAGGACCGCACUCAAAUUUAGAGAGAGAAAAAGAGAUUCGUCGUCGUUUGUUUACGUCCUCCGUAAAACUUGCAAUUAGGCAUUUUCACAUCGUAGUCGUGCAAGGACGGUAAAGAAAUGUACAAAAAAGCGUAAUGCAGGUGCAAACUUGUUUUUUUGCUAAUAUAAACCUAUUGCUUUUUUGACAUCUUCUUUGCCGUCACCCUCGUCGUUGCUAUAGCUCCCUAAAUGGUUUCGUAAGGUCCCUACUUUUAGUGCCCAACGAAUUUACCAAUCGAUGAUUAUGUCAAUGUUUACGUAUUGCGACUAUAGUAGUCUUGGAUGGUUAGAGUCCCGCAAAAGCAUGAUCCGCUCCAUUGAGAAACGAAGCCUCGAAAUCAUUUCCCCCAAAUGCAGUCAGAAGAACUGCGAUCUUCGAUUUUUAAUAAUUUACAAUGGUUUGUAAACCAGAGCGUGCUGUUUUGUAUUUGACUGCCUCCUAAGAAUGGAACUGCACGUUUCCCAUUUAGGAACUAUUUUCAACGAUUUCACCAUAAUUCUUUAGUUUUAAUGAGUAAAACAACAACUCUGCACGUGCAUCACGCUUUUUUGUACAUUUCUUUGCCUUCACUGUACAACUAAAGGCCUGUUUACAUGGAGUGGGGGACCCCGGUCUAGUGGGGUUGGUUUCUUUUGUUUUCACGCUCUGGAGGACACAAAACAAAAGAAACUUACCCCACUAGACCGGGGUCCCCCACUCCAUGUAAACAGGGUCUAAGACGUGAAAUCACCAUUUAUGUUUACUUGGGAACGGGAACGGCAAGGCGAUAAAUUCUACCAUCUCUGUCUGAACUCGGGCGCGUUCUCCUCUCUUCAGCUGCAGCCCAAAUCCCCUUCUUUUAAAUAACAGGGCGAAAUGGGAUAAACGCGAAAAAGUUUAAAAGGAGGCGAAGUCUAUUAUUAAGUGACGCUUUCAUGGACGUCGCCGUUGUCGGAUCGUAAGGUCCGGCUAAUAUCCAUAGGGACUUAAAGGGCUGCAAGACGCGACCGGAAGUAAAUUUUCAGAGGAGACAUGUUGCGCAUGCUCACGCCGUCGUCCUGGAUAAGCAAUUUGACUCAAUUCUCGAUCCCAGCUCUCCUCAACCUGAUGAUAAACAAGAUGGCGGACGAAGCGUCCGCCAUAUUGCUUUUGAUUUGUUCAAAUGAGGUCUGGGUCAAAGUGACCUAUGAUUGGUCCACGGCCUUGUGCUUAUGCUAGUGCUUAUGUCGACCCAGUUUUCACUAGUCAAGGCUACGACAUAAGCAUAAGCACAAGAACAAGAAGAACGAACUUGUCCCUUUUUCUUGUGCUUAUGCUUAUGCUUAUGUGCUCUUGUGUAGACCCAGUUUUUACUUGCUUACACACGUGCUUGUGCUUAUGUUUACGCUUAUGUUUAUGCGCUAGUAAAAACCAGGCUUAAUGAAACGGAAGUCUAAUUUCUGGGACGUCCGUACAUUUUUAUAAUCGAUUAUCAAUUUGAAACGUAAUCAAGUCCAUGCGCGACCGCUCCAAAGCAAAAAUGUAAUGGCGACACACCACAGCAAUAAAAGUCCUAUUACUCUCUCUGGACAAUACUUAAUAAAAGUUUGCGGACCUCUCCGGAAACCAACUUCCGACUGAUUUCAAGGGUUUUUUCUAAAAAUAACUUUGGUGACAUUCACAUAUCCCAAGGGUUAGACUAGGCGUUCCCCUCUCUGUUCCUUCACCUUCUUGUGAAUGGCUGAGAAGUGAGGGUAAACUGGCAUGGUGUGUUGGAGAUGCGAUUAAUGCGCAGAACCGCUUUCAUAAUUUAACUGAAUAGUACAUGUGUAUCACUUUUAGUUCUAAUAUGAACAGAGGAAAUCGUCACGGAAUUAUACUAAUCAUGAACGUGGAAAGUGAAUGGAACAACACAGUAAACAAAAUUCAGAUUAUAUUAGCUAUUUCAUUCACAAAAACAAACGGGCGUUUGGGGCGGCGGGGGUGUGGGGACGGGGAAGGCUAUGCUUGGGGCAGUCGACAAAUCUGCGCAGUUUUUUCUAUAAUAACUCGAACUCCCGAUAACUUAGCCCGCGUAGCAAGCUUUUCUCUGCGGUUUAGGAGCAAAGAACGAGGAACAAGGGUCAAAGACCGCGCGAAAAAUGGUUCUCGUUUAAUUUCUCGCGCGAUGAAAACCGGAAAUCCCCUUCCACGGUCUUUUUUUGCUCCGAAACCAAACGGAAACGCUUGCUACGCAGGCUACCGAUAACUCGAACUUUUUCCUGUUUCCCUUAACUUGAAGGUGGCUUUAAAGAUGGGGGACAGUCCCUUGGCCAUACACGUGCACAUGCCUUGCAUACCUCGCGCGAGCUGCAUCAUGACGUUGCAAGUCCACCGCCGAAUUAUCGCAGGCUCAAGUGCUUGUCGUCUGGCGGGUCGCUCCAACGACGAUAUGUAGGACAGCAAAGGAAAUUUAAUAAUUUGGAGAAAAAUGGCAAAGGCGCCAGAGCAAUUGAAGGUUACAGGGUAUGGAAGAUCCUAUUACAUUAGCGGCACUAUUCCUCGGAGUCACGGUGAAACAACUACGACUGUCAUGACAAAAGAGGACUGUCAAACGCACAAACAAUUUGACGGAGUUUCAUCUUCUGGAAGGAGUGCAGAUACGCAAAUUUCAUUGACUGGCUCGGACAGGGCAAUUUCACAGUCGCCCCAGGAACGAACAAAAGGUAAGAGGCUUGAUUAUUGUUCUCGCUGUUGCGAAGGUAAACGGUACGUCAAUUAUGCAAUGUAAUAAACGUGAAACAUUUUACGCAUGGAGUCCGUUUGUUUUCGUUUACGCUUGUUGGGGAGGAAUAGAUGCAAAGCGAAGCCCCAAACGACUGGAAAUCCGGGACUAGGGCUGACAACGCUGGUAAGCUUGCUUUAGGAAUGAAGUAGACAGGAAACAAGUUCGAGUAAGAGACUUCUGUAGGUAGAAUAGAACAUGCUUGACGAUGCAAGUUUUCCAAAAACAAACAAUAAGCAUGCCAUUAACAUUACAUCACAAAUUCCUGAUUAUCCCCGGGGGUAUACCUGGUAACUUGGAGAUGCAGUCGCUAAUACAGCUGUAAAAUAAACUUAAAUAGGGGUCGACCAUUAAGAAUUUUGUUUUUCCUAAACCUCUGAGGUUGGAAUUUUCCCCCCAACAUAUAGCGGUGUUAAAUGUUUUUGCAGCAUUCUACACCAUAAACCACUUACACAUCUCCCAUAAUGCACUAUAUUUACCCCCCAAAAUUUUACAUAACCUUUGUUUUUUAUUUCUCCUUGGUAUUACAUUUUGGGGGGCAAAUAAUUUGUGUCGUGGGAGAUGUGCAAGCGGAGUAUGAGAUAGAUGUUUCCCCCCCGGGUCUGCAGGAUAUUUUUUUCUGAGUUCAGGCCCCUCCCCCUCCCCUUAUCAUGUACAUGUAUCAUAUUACUGGUUCAGGGCUGGCUGCCAGGCUGGUUUAGCCUGAGUAUCAGGCGUUUCUGGGGGAAAAGGGGAAAGAUGGAAGCGAAAAAGGGAGAGAGCUGAAGGAGAGAAACGCCUGACACAGAUGCUUUUACUGGAGCCUUCCACCCCCAAACAGCAUGAUUCGAAACCAUCCAAUCAAAAUCACAUCCGGUCAUUGAGUUGUCAGCUUCACGUGUCAAAAAGCUCGCCUGAAAUAAAUCUUACUGUACGGUCUUGCCGAGCUCCGGUGCUUGUGUUGCAACGAUUUCGCUUUUUUCUGAAACCUUCAAUGAAGAGUUUUCGAAUACUUGUGAUGGAAAACCUGCCUUUUUCGAGGAAUUAUAACAUGCUUUAGGAAUUGUGCUAAUGUAAGAUUGCCAACGCUCUGUUUGUAAAUAAACGUGUGCCCGGAAAACUGUAAACUGCUUUUGUUUACAGAGUUACAACAGCGGCGCUCAUUAAUAAGCAGGUUCCUGAGAAUCUGGCAGCUAAAAAGCUGCUGUAGAUCAGGCCGAAAAUCGUCCGAGGGAAAAUCUAAAGUCAACCCAAAGCCUUGGUGGUGUCGGCUAUUCUCAAUACAUGGCUACCUCGCUCUAAUUUUAUUUACAGUAACAAUACCCUUUUAGCGGCAGGAUGUUGUAAAUCAAAACUUAGAUAUCUGAAGCACUGAUAUCGUCUUCUUUGUCCUGGUCUAGCCUGCGAAAACAUCCGUUUCUCCUCGAUCUUCGUUUCGCGGGCUAGUCCUGGUCUUGUGAAACCAAUACUCGGACAUAGUUUCGGCAGAAGCUGGUAUAUGAGGCUUUUCCAUACUCCGAGAACAUCUUUCCUUUUAACUACGAGGCUUUGAAAACACAUUUCUUGCUCGGGUGUUAUUUUUAUUCCCGGAAAGAACUUGAGAGCGCCCUCUAGAGUCUCUUUGAAUUCCUCUCUGCGUCUCUAUCCAUAAAAUUAACACAUGAAAUCAAAACACUCUGCUCGUGUUUACUUGCGCUCGGUGACGUCAGGGCGUAUUGUGUGUUAUCCAAUCACUGCCACAUCCAGAUUCUGGAUGUGUCACACGAUUUGCUGAAUGGUUUUGUGUCAGGCCUUCCUUUCUCUUCUCCCCCCUCCCCCAUCAAAAAUCUCCUUUCCCCUAUCCCCUUAGGAAGGCCUGAUACUCAGGCUAGGCUGGUUGGGUAUCACGACUAUGCACAUGUACAAGAGGACAUUUUUAGAUGAAUUCUUUCAUGGCAUGUUUUUGGAAGGACUAUGCUUGAAAUAAUUUGUUAGAUUGGCUUUGCCUUAGAACAACAAGAAAAGCUAUUAUAAAGUACAUAAACAUCAAAUUAAAGUGGCACAAAAUAAAAAUUUGGGGGCCUUGGAAUUGUGGCUGGUAUAUUGUUUUGACCCAUUGAAACAUAAACAAAUUGUUUUGUUCACCUGAUACAAAAUAUACCAACCUAUAAUAAAUUUACUCUGCACAGUAAAGGAUCUAUAUGUAUUAACAAAAUGCAAAAAGGAAUUCUUUUGUGUUAUCAAUGUUUAGACUGCUUUUCACUGGUUGAAGUUGUGCUGCUUUCCCCCUCUUGCUAUGCCCUAUCAAGAGAUGCUCAGCAAUGAUCAAAAAUGGCCCAUGGACAGGCUCCAUUGUAAUGAGCAAAAUAUAAAUGAGUAAAUUUAGGAGUGCAAAGCCAAGUGUGUAUGUUUGAGGGGAUACAAAACCUUAAAAUGUCUUCUUAUUGGGUGAGCAAAUUAUUUAAAUUCUAAGAUAAGCAAAAGAUAGCAUUAUCCUGACUUACCAGGUAUCAUCAUUUUCUGUGUAGUCGUGAUUGUAAUUAUUUUUAAUUUUGUUAGAAACUACAACUGUAAAUCCAAGAAAUGAAGUUGUUACUGAAAAGCAGGUUGCUGAUAUCAGUGAUGAGGUAGGGACUUGCUGGCGUGAGCUGGGACCCAGGCUUAACAUUAAAGAAUCAAAGAUUCACAAUAUUGAUGAGGAGAACAAAGGUAACUGGCGCAAAGCACAUGCUCUUUUGAUCAUGUGGAAACAGACGGAGGGGAAGAAUGCUACAGUCGGCCAUCUGGCAGAUGUUUUGGAGACGAUAGGAAGAAAAAGCAUUGCUGAAAAACUGCUUGGUGAGUACUGAGGGAUUCCAAUGAGUUUCUAUGCUGCAAGGAUGUGAUGAGCAGUUGAUAUACCCAGAGCUCGAAAAAAAUUGAAUUCCAGCUUGUCCUUUGGGCAAGCAGCUCUCACAUUCCUUUUCUUACACAUCUUAGUUACUGGUUGUAUUAGAGGAUGACUAUGUGGGCAGGUAUGGUUUAAAAGUUACUUGUUCUGGACUACCAGACGGGACUGUUUUCAAGCCUUGUACCCCAUAAGACAAACUCGGCCACGGCUGCAAUCUCUCCUGUUUUUUUUUUUGUUCUGAGAAGAUUUUUCCACCAAUGACUUCAUAAAUUUAUCUGACAAUAAUGUUGACUUUCAAACAGAGUCAGAAGUGUUUUCUUUUUCAAUCUGUGGGUUGAGGUACAUGAUGUGAGGGAAAAUGAACCAAAAGGCUGCAUGGUUCACAGGCUUGUGUAAGACUUAGUGUUCGCUUACACUGCAGGCCAGAACUAAGCGAAACAACACAUACAUGAAACUGAUGCAACGGACGCGUCAGCUUGGACAAGGGUUCGUGUCAGUGCUGACAAGUGUCUGCAUCAGCUCAGAUGCAUCAGGAAGGAAAAGAUUUUUCUUUUGUCAUUCACUUUGACAGCUUUGCUUUGUGGUGCAUUGUUGUGAAAACAAAGAAAAUCCUUGGGUUUGAAGAAGCUCGAUAGUUGCUGAUUCUAUUAAAGGAACUUUCCAUGAGGGAAUCAAGAUAAAUUUGGUGAUGUGCAGGGUUUUGUUUGACUCUUAAUUGGUUCCAGUCAUACACAGCUUCUGAUAUUUCGUGCAAACGCGGAGCCACGAAUUUCAAGUAAAUCCGCGAAAUCCCGUUAAAUUCACAAAAACACAUGAAAUACUGGGGUGACUGAAGCAGUUGCAGUGAGUGUACUACUGCUGGGAGUGGGAGGAGAAAUGGUAAUUCCAGAGUCUAUAUUAACCCUAGGUUCAACAAUUUCCUCCUGGAUGUUUUCUGCCUCUAUAAUAUCUCUUUCCAAAUCUUCUGCCUCAUUUAGUUUUGGUGAAAUUUGAACAUCUAAGGUUUUGAGUGUUUCCGACUUCUUUGAUAGUUGAUCCCGUGUGCUUUUUGCUGACGCAAGAAUUAGAUCUGUCAUGUCAUUUCGAUAAGCGAAAAUCUCCUCCAACUUCUUCAGUAACUUCGUGAGAUGACCACAGCGUCCUCUCCUUGAAGCUUGUAAAUGAGUUAGUUCCUCCAUCCUGGUCUCGGAACCAAAAAAUGUGGGAAAUUCCGGCUAAAAAGAGGUUCAACAAGUGGAGGAGUAAUUCAGCAUUUAAUGAAAAUGGUGACUCAAGGGAGCACAUGUCUCUCCCCCCAGCCCCUCUCAAAUUACAAGCUGGUGUUCCACAGGGACCCAUCAAUAAUGAUGUCCUUAGUCCAAAACGAUUAUAAACAGUAACAAUACAAAUCUAACAUUCUAAUGAGUAACAACAAUAGUCAAUAAUAGAGUUCGGACAUGCUGCACCUUGGUCCCACAAGGAAGUAUAUUAGGACUGCUUCUUUUUCUUAUCUAUGCGAGUGAUUUACCAUCGUGUCAGCUUGCCAGUGAAAUUAUUAUUCUUUACGCUGAUGACGCUGUGAAUUAUUACUCAUCGACUGAUUUGUCUGGCCUUGAAAGCAACUUAAAUUCAGAUUUGGCUAUAGUUUCCAAUUGGUUUUCGAGUAAUCUGUUGACCCGAAAUAUUUCUAAAUGCAAUUUUGUAAUUUUUGGUAACUCACAGAAGCUUAAACUGGUUAAUGACGUUUCUCUAAAAGUAAAUUCCACUGCUGUUGAAAGGUCUGACUUGUUUAAAUACUUGGGAAUUGUUAUAAAUCAAGCUAUGUCUUGGUCUGAGCACAUUGAUACUAUCAGUACAAAGAUCAAUCAAAGGAUUGGAAUGAUAAAGAGAAUACGACAUCUUUUGCCUUUACAUGCUAAGCUCCAAUUGCUUAAUCAUCCCACUGUUUGACUAUGGAGACACGGUGAGGGGUGACAAAAAUAUUGACACACUUAUGGGUUAGCUGCAAAUUCUUCAAAACAAGGCAGCCAAGGUUUUGCUUAAUAUACCACCAAGAAGUUCAUCAAUGAAGGCACUAGAUCGAUUGGACCUCUCAAAAGAGACGACACUUCCAUUGCUGGGUUAUGAUGCAAAAAUAUCCGUCUGGGGAAAUUGAUUUUAUAUUUGACAUCAGACGCAAACUCCCUGAAGCGAUGAUUUACACCUUCUGGUGUGCACUCCAAUAAUUGGGGCAAGCAAACUGAACUUUCAUUUUUCAAGCCUCUAAGGACUGGAACAACCUAGACAAUGACAUCAAAAACAACAAAUCAACUUUGUAAAUGAUGCCCUAUCUAAUUUUUAAACUAUUCUAAAAUUAGUUUAUAUGUAAAUCAGUUUUCAUCUGUUUUCUUAGUUUUUAAUUCUUAAAGUAGGUGAAUAUUUUUUUGGUCAUUUUGUCAUUUAUGAUUUGCAGGCCCCCACUGACAACCGCAAAGGCAAGUGGGCUCCUUGGAUAAAUAUUAUAAUUAUAAAAUCGCUCGGCAUCCCAGGGGCAGAUCUAGGGGGAGGGUGCAGGGGGUGCGCACCCCCCCUGAGAUGACCAGCAGUUUUCUAAUACAACUGGUAUUCUGCGAAAAAAAAAAAAUCACUAUGUGGUUUAUUGGUGUUGAAGUCGAGCAAGAGACGAGUGCACCCCCUCCUAAAAAAAAUCCUGGAUCCGCCCCUGCAUCCGACUUUUAAAUGUAAUUGUAAUUCUAGGAUCAUACACCUUUUCUUUAACAGUGACAAAGUUGGCAUGAAAUGAAAUAAAUUUGCAUAUACAAGAGAAUCAAUAGUUCACAUGUUUGGCUGGCUUAGCCACACUCAUAGUUAAUGAUAAUUGUAAUAAUAACAAUAAUAAUAAUAAUAAUAAUAAUAAUAAUAAUAAUAAAUACAUUCUUAUAUGGCGCGUUUACAAAGCUCAAUGCACCUUACAAUGAUUUACAAACAGAAGAUAAAAUCAAAAUCCCUAUCUAAUUACAUUCACCAUUAUAGUGCUUACUAAAAUUUAAAAGCUUUCCUAAAAAGAUGAGUUUUCAACUUGUUUUUAAAACAGAUUACAGUCUUGGCAUUCUUAAUGUCUUCCGGUAGGGAGCAGGGCUUAAAGUUUAAAUUUGAGUUUGGGAGCACUUGUGCUACCAGAUGUAAAUUUUUAGGCGCACAGCUGAAAAUUUUAGGAGUACAGCUUAUAAUGUUGGGAGCAUCUAUUUCAAAAGAAAAAGUAAAAAGCUUAACAGGGCCACGUUUAUUUGUCAUCUUCAGUUUGUUACUCUUCCUUCAGUCCUGUGAUUGAUAAAACACAGCCGAUUUGCUACGCAGUAAUACCGUUGUGAUUUUUAAUACUAAUUUCUCUUUUUGACAGUACAGUUGUGACUAAAGAAAACUUACACUUAGAAAAACAAUUCCAAACUGACAACAAUGAGUGUGUCGAACGAGAAUGAAAAGUAAUCUUCAAUGAAUUUGUUAAAUGCGCAAUGACUUACAUGUAACUGGAAUAUGACUUAAAAAACUUUCUUACCCGGAAAAAAUGGCUCUUAAUCCACACUGUUUUUGUUUUGAUUGACGUUAAAACUGAACGUUCGACAUGAUCGUCCAUUGCGCAAAAAGAACGUGUUUUGUUCGCAGCAUAUAUUUGCACGUGUCAGCGGUGUUUAUUACAAAACAGAAGAGUAUGGGAUGGAGUAAGACAUCAAAAUGAAAAAAACAUUCGAGUUCUGAGAAUCCAUUGAGAGAAAAGACCAAUUAAACAUACACCGUCUUUCUAGGUCGAGUUUGUAAGUAUAGUCGGAAGUAAGUCAGUCGCACUGUGCUUUGGGUUUUACGGCGGACAGGUGCGAUUACGCGUGAAUUUUUAGGCGCACAACCAAAAAUCCAGUCGCAUAUGUGACCAGUUAGUCGCUAACUUUGAGCCCUGGGGAGUUCCACAAUUUUGGCGCCACAAAAGAAAAGCUCUACACCCGUAGUUUUCAGUUUUAGCUUUUUGAGGACAGAGUAGUGAACGUGAAGCUGAUGUUAAACUUAGUGACGGUUGAUACAUUUCAGUAAAAGGCUUCAGGUAGUCUGCAGACUGGCCAUGUAUAGUCUUUAACCAUACGUUAUGAGGAGAAUCUUAAAUUCAAUCCUCUUUCAACUGGAAGCCAGUGCAAGUUCUUUAGUAUAGGCAUUACAUGAUCUGAACAUUUUAGGCCCAUCAGAAGAUGCGCCGCGGUAUUCUGGAUUCAUUGGAGUUUAUCCCUUUGAUAUUUAGGAAUACCGUGCAAUGGACAAUUACAAGAGGCCAAUCUUGAGAUGACAAGGGCAUUGACUAACAUUUUAAGUCUGUCUAGCGAGAGAUAUUUCCAAAUGCGUCAAGCCAUAGUUAAGCCAUAAUCCCAAUUAACUUUACAACAGGCUUUAAUACAUUUACAUUUAAGGCAACUCUCGAAUGUACUCUUAAAAUCUUAAAUUGAUCCAAAAUCUUGACUUAAGUCUUCUUAAAAAACGGCGACAUUUACACCAGAAAAUGCGUGAGGAAAUGCCAUAGUAAAUGUUUUGAAAUAAUCUUAUCGAAAUGGUAGCAAAAAACAAAGUGAGGAAAUAUUUAAUUAUUCUUCCAGAAGCUCAUUCUUGCAUUGUCAUCAACACACUUCGGGCAGACUAAGAACUACAUAUCACACACUGCUUGUAUAGUGUAAAACAUGCAGACUUGACAAGUCAACUUAAGUAAAUAUUAGAGUAAACUUUCAGUUACUUGCUAGGCAACAAAGUUCAUCACAAGGAUCGAGUUUCACCGAUGUCUCUCUGAAACCAGCAACUCAAACUGAUCAUGCAAAGAAAUGAUACAAUGAAAAGGAAAAUAUUCUCAGUUUUGUUCCUUAAAUGAACAACAUGAAUGUUUCAGGUUUAGACUGUUUAGAGUGAUUUUUUUAACCAGUGGAACAGAUACUAACAACUACUGCAAAAUAGCCACAAAAAAACAAAGGAAGACAAUGGAGUUAGUGCAUAAUAGUGCAUAAAGCUUGGGCUUUGUCUGUAGUCCCUCAUUUAAAAUUCUCUCUCACCACCGCAUCUUGCCUUUCUUGCAUGGGUUGAUUAUUCACGCUCACUUGGGUUUCGCUCGCUCUACUAUCCCUGAGGAAAAAGGGGGACUACUUGUGGUCUAGUAAUUAUUAACACUGCCUUUUUCUGUAAAAAUCUGUAGAAUCUUUUUAUAUCGAUCAUUUACAAUAGCUAAAUGGGAAGAAUAUUUUGUUACGAUGUUGCCGUUGGCAUUACUGUCAUAUUUGUGUAGGUCUCGUAAAGAUGUGAGGGUUUCCUUUUUAGAGAAUUUCUUGGCAACUGUUGAUUAAAAAGUGUUUUGUUUUUGCCAUGUACUGUAUUAUAAUUAGCAGCAAAUCUUAUCUCCACAGUAAUCAAAAGUUAUGUGCAUCAGGUUUUUACACUUUUGAGUGUACAUUGUAUUUUGUUAGAAUACUUCAGAAAUGUGUGUCAAUGCCAAAUGACAGUUUUACAGUUCAUUCACUUGGUUUGUUUAUACAUGCAAAAUUUUAGCAUGUGCCGAUCCAACAGUUUGACUCUUGUCGGCUUUUUACCAAGUGCACACAUUACAUUAAAUGUAAUGUGUGCAGUUGGUAAAAAGCCUACAUACAUACUAAUGACUCUUGGUGUGCAUUGACGCAUUUGAGAUCAGUUGUGUAUGCUCUCGCAUAUGAGACUAGGAAUACUAGUUCUUGCAUCUGGCCUGAUGCAAUGGACUAGUAUUCCUGACCCAAUAUAUUAUGCGUAAAUUUUUGGUUUGCCUAGUUGUGGUCUGCACUGUAAGUCUGAUCCUAUUUUUAUUUUGAAGAUCGAGGCACUUCUAGUUGGGUACUACAAAACUUUCAUGUUCUACGUAUUUUAUUAACUAUAGUCCAAAUUCCCAUGUGGGCCACUCAAACUUUACCCAUGGGUUGACCCAAAUUAGAUAUAUGGGAUUUCAAUGAUAUUUUGAUAUAUGUAGUAUAAUAUGAAUGAGGCUGAGUAUGAUCUGAAGAAUUAUGGAGAUCAAGGAGGGCCUCAGUAGAUAACACCUUCUCAAAAUCUCCAAAAUUCUUUAGACCAUUAGAAAGCGGCAUCCAAUAAUUGUGUUAUUAUUGAUUCAAAAUACAUGUAUUUCCUUGUUCAAAAACAAUCUAAAACAUGCUUACAUGAUCAAUGUCGAGUUCCUGUCUUCAACUGCCUGUUUCUCGGCAAGUUCAGGAGCAGACAAAAAGAUGUUCAGUUCUGCAGAUAUUCUCCAAAUAGCAGAUGUCAUGUUUCAAGCUGUAUUUUUGCUGUUCUUUUAGGCAGUAGUUCAGCUAUUUCUUCUUUACGAAAUGUGAUAUGUUCAGCAAUUUUGUAUUGCUCGACUAAAACAACACAACCUUUUCCCUUUUUGCUGUCCAUUUUCUGCUGUACUAUUCAUAUCAUUUUCUACAUAUUGCAAACAUCUUCCAAAUUUGGUCAAUGCUACAGCUGUAGCUGGCUAUGAAGACUUGUCUGUGGAAUUCGAGCUAACCAGAAAUGGAGAAAUAUUUUGAGUGAAUAAUAAUUAGCAAUUAAGCAGAUCGAGGAGGGUGUUAUCCACAGAGGCCGAAGGCCGAGGUGGAUAACACCCUCCGAGAUCUGCUUAAUUGCUCAUAUCCUACAAAAGCCGUAUUCAUUAAUUGUUUUAUUAUUCAUUCAAAAUAAUUCCUAGUUUAAAAACAUAGCUAAAACAAAUAUGCUAACCUGCAUCAAUGUUAUUUUUGAUAGUGUACAUUUAGGUUUGUCCAGCUCCGCAAAUAUUCUCCAAAUAGCAGAUGUCGCCCCCCACGUUGUCUUCUUGCUGUUGUUGCUAUGUUUUUAGCCAUUAUUUUGCCUAGUUCCAGCUGUAGUUUUUACUCUUGAAACAAGUGAUGUGUCUGUCAUUUUAGUUUUCACAACAAAAACAACUCUACCUUGUCCCCAGGUCUUCUAGGUUAACGGUGCAUUAACCUGUAGAAGGCUGUAUUUUUUACGUCAUUUCCUCAUUAAACACAAAAUUCUUCCAAAUUUGGUCAUCAGUAACUGGUUAUGGUGAGUUAUGCAUGUGCUUUUAGCCAAUCAGAAUUGGGGAAAUAUUUUGAAUGAAUAAUAAUCCAAGUUAUGGGAGCCAAUCAAAACACACAAAAAAUGUGCUACCCACUGAUUUGGUAUUAAUAUCAAGAACAGUUAUUUAACUAACAAACAGCAUUUUGAAUUUAAUGCAGUAAUUUUCUAACAUUUUUUUUUAUUGGUUUUCAAUCUUAUUAGGAGAGAGUAGAGCAUUGGAGAUGCCAACAGGUGCCCCAAUUUCCGUUGGUGCUAAGAUUGGUUUAACUGUGAAUGCCAUACAAGACAAGGUUGCUCAUUAAUUUUUGUUUUUGAAUAAAACUUAAUAAAAUACAUGUAGUACAUAUUGCACUUUUGUCUGGGUUAUAUGUUUCACAAUACUGCUGAAAUUGCAGACAAACUGUAAUUGGCAACAAGCAAGCCGAGCAAAGACGGUUGGCUUGCGAGGCUGCCAGCUUAAUGCCACGCAGAGUAUUGCAGGCAGAAAAAUCCUCGAUCAUGCUGUGAAAAGUGUAAUGUAAGUGUAAUGUAAGGUGUAGAUUCCCUGGAGAUUUUAGUAGCAUUAGAUUUCAUGUGUAGUUUCAUGUGACUUUUGAUGGCCUUUGUUUAAACAAACUUUCAAAGUUCGGACAUUGUUCUCUGCCACACUACUGUACUUGUACAAACCACAACUUGCUAUUUCAAGUUCACGCUAACCUAUAAUUUGUUUUUCUCAUUUCGUUGGCGAAUGAAGUAUUUUUUUCCAUCCAAGAACGUCAGGCAAUUUUGAAAAAUAAUGUUUGUGGUAACCAUGUAAUUAUUUUAUCUUUCAAAUUUUUAUUCAACAAAUUUUUCUUUGUUUUUACUUACCUUGUUCUUACAUAUAACCCUUACUCCCUUAAUUUUCCCUCUGAUUAGGAGGCUGGCACUGAAAAUGAAAACAUGAUUCUUUUAAAUCUCUCUAUGGUCACUAAUUUACCUUCUCUUAAUUUAAACAGGUUUUAUUCUGUGAAGGUGCUCAUGGGAAUAUAUUCAUUGUAAAAGCAAUUGACACCAAAGGACAAUGUGACUCGGAAAAGGUGGGUUAAAUAGAUAACCUUUGUUGGGGAAAUAAAGGAGCCUAAAAUUCAGGCAAGGAAUAAAGCUGACGUGGGGCAAUUUUCCAGUUAUUUUAAAACUUGUAGUUGACCCACAUGAAACUGUGCUAAAAGUACGCUGAUUAUGAAUUUGGGGUGCUGUAAACAUACAUUGUACUGCAUGUAAGACAGGCUCAAAUGUAACUUGUGAAGCUACCAUAAUUUUCGUGUUUGAGGUUGUAUCACUUUUUUAUGCUCUCCCCUCAGCUUUUGAGCCUGGGAAAAAUAUUAAUCGCCAAAACUUAGCUGAUGUCUAUUCUGUCACCACCACCACCACCACUACUACUACUACUAAUACCACUACCACUACCACUCACUACCACUACCACUACCACUACCACUACCACUCACUACCACUACCACUACCACUACCACUACCACUCACUACCACUACCACUACCACUACCACUACCACUCACUACCACUACCACUACCACUACCACUACCACUCACUACCACUACCACUACCACUACCACUACCACUCACUACCACUACCACUACCACUACCACUACCACUACCACUACCACUCACUACCACUACCACUACCACUGCCACUGCCACUGCUACUACUACGACUACUGUUUUAUUUUGGCAACUUCAACAGGUCAACAUGAAAAAAGGGCAUUAAAUUUGGGGAUUCAAGCAUUUCUCAACUUCAUUUUAUUUUUCAAAAAGUCGGAACUUUUUAAAAAUUCUAUUUUGAGAUUCUCUACUCCAUACUGCAGACAAAUGUUAAUGAAAAAUUAACAGUUAAUGGAACUUACCAAAAUAAUUUGUGUAUUUGUCAGAUUUGUCAGGAUAUAUCCUGUAUAUGUUGUUGUUAUCACAUGCUAAUCAGUUUUUUCUGUGACUUGAAUUUUCUACAUGGGUGCCAAAUUUCCAUGUUUAAAUUUUGCGAGGAUUAUUAUUUGCAUUCUUUAAUUUCACAAUAUUUUAACAAUUAUUACAAAAUAAUUGCAAAUUUAAAAGACCUUCAAAUUAAAGUACUAAUAAGGUACCAGUACCACUACCACCACCACCACCACUAGUAGUACCACUACCACUACUUCUACCACAACCACUGACACCACUACAGUAUCACUACCACUGUCUCUACCACCACUACUACCACAACCACGACAGUACCACUAGUGCUACCACCACCUCUUCUGCUAGCACCAACACCACCACAACCAGUCUUGCUGCCACCACCACCCUUACUGCUGCCCUUACCACUACUACCACUACAGUACCACUACCACCACCAAGCCGCUAUUACUACCACUACCAAAAGUGCUACCAUCUUUACAGCACCACUACCACCAUCACCAACACUACCAAUAUCACUAUCAUCACCUCUACCACCACCACUACAGUCCCACUACCACUGUUACUAUCCACCACUACCAUUACCACUUUCACUACUACUACCACCACUACCACCACACCACUACAGUACCACUACCACUACCAUCACCACCACACCACCACUACCAUCAUCCCCACCUUUACCACUAACGCUACCUCCAGUACAGUACCAUUACCACCAGCGCCACCACUGCAACCACCAUUAGCACUACUUCUACCACCACCACUACAAUCACCAUGGCCACCACUUCUGCUAUCACUUCCACCAGAACCAACCACCUCCACUACCAGUAUCACCACCACCACUACCACUACUCAUAAGUAGGUGGUAUAUGAUCAUCUGGGUGGGUGAAGUCCUGAAUAGGACUGUUGUUGUUAGUGACUAACGUUUUGACAACCCGUGGGGUAGUAAUCUUUAGUCAGUCAGGUUAUGAAAAAAAUCAGUCAGGACUUCCGUCACCUGGGCAAUCAUAUUCCACCUACCAAUGAAAUGACUCCAUGGUUAAAACCAUUCACUGCACUACCACCACUACUGCUACCACCGCCACUACCAUUAUGGCUACCACUAACACUCCACCAUUACCAACAUCGCUAGCACUGCUACUGCUGCUUCUAUUGGUAAUUAUUUUUAUAUUCGUACUUAAACUGGUACCUUUGUCUUGGUAGAUCCUGAAGAAUAAAGAGUUCUUAGAGAAAGUUGCUGCCGCUGCCCAGGACAUGGAAAAAACAGAAGAGCAGAAACUCCAAGAUUCUUUAGUCCGCUAUUCCACGGGAAUAGAAGAACUCAAAAAGGAAAUGCAGGAUUGUUCAGUCCGUUAUUCCACGGGGAUAGAAGAACUCAAAAAAGAAAUACAAGGACAAAAAGAGGCAAAGGAUAAAGAUGAUGAUGAUUAUGACGAUGGAAGACCUUCUGCAGGGACCAGCAGCGCUGAACAGAACACACAACAAUCAGAUACACUGUUAAAUGAUGUAAAAGUAUCACUACAAGAUGCAACACAAUUGCUACAAUAUUGCGAGGAACAUAAAACACAUUUUAAUGGAACUUACAAUAAUCUUAUUAAGAAGGUUGAAGAGGUUGCACAGUUGCGAGAAGACAACUUCAUGUGUGUUAAACAUCUAUGUGACUCUAUAAAAGAGAUCAAAGAUGAAGAGAAGAAGAUAUUUAACCCAAAACUGAAGCGGCUGCAUGAUUUGAAGCAGUAUUUAGAUGGAUGUCAGGUAACUCAAGUUGAAGAAUUAUACAAAUGGAGCACGGUACAAGAAAAGCAACUCAGUGAAGUUGAAAAGCUGCUAUCAAGUUUGCUUAAUCAAGGGAAUCAGGUGCGUUAUAAGCCCCCCAGUUAUAAGCUCGUAUCCCUGUAGACAAAAACGGGCUUUGAAAAAACCUCUCUUUAGACCAAGAUAAGUCAUCAUAUGAUUCCUUGGGGGUUGUCAGGCCUUGACAAAGGGAGUCUCUUAUAUGUAAAAACAGAGUAAGGCCUAUUUUCAUGAGACGAACCAAACUUAGUGAGUUAAGUUCAUGAAAAGUUCGACGUCUGUAUCAGUUGAAUUCGUCUGAAUGUGUUUGGAUGUUCUAAGAUCGUCUCCGGGACAAACGUCGAUCUUCACAUGCGACGAACUAAAUUGAUAAAUUAAAAAUUUGUUUUAAAAUGUAUAUUUAGCUUUGUUCCGGAGGAAAUUUACUGAACUAAAUCUGAUUUAGUUGAUUGGUUCGACGCGUCCGAAGUUCGAUGUCUGACCCAACAGACCAUCUUAAAUUAAUUUAGGUCCGCCCAAAUUGGAGUUUGGUUGUCGCAUGGAAAUUUCGACGGUUGGCCAUGGCCUUAAUCUAGUUUUGUGUUCACUUUUACAUUUUACUGCUGAAAUUCUCAUUUCUGCAGAUGUCCAAAUUAAAGAUCUGUUGUAGUGAGAUCUAUAGAGCGGUAUUAUACAUAGAUCUUUGGUGUUAGAAUAUCAUUCACCAACACCUGAAACCUACUUCCCAGCUCUUUUACAAUAAGGUACUCCCAACUCCCUUCCGGAACACCUCACACCUCAACGCGUAGUUUACGGCAUGUAUUAAAACUAGGAAUUCUGGAACACACCUGUAAAACGUGUAAAACCUGGUUAUAGGUAAAAUAAAACAAAACACUCGAACGGCAACUUUUGAAAUAUGAAAGGUUCUUCCUCAUUGUUUUAUUUGUGUGACGUGUUGUGGGGUGUUCCAUGUUCCAGGUUUUAGUAUGUGCGAUACUUUACAUUUCUCUGAAUGGGGCUGUACUGCUGGUCUUGGACGCUUCGCGAGGAUAAUGUAUAUCAGAACCCACAGUUAUUAAGCUGUGCGUUUUCGGUUUGCCCCUUAUAAAGGUGAAGACUACUUUUGCAGAAAAAAUAAUAAUAAUUUCUUUGUGACUUACCUUAGUUACUUUUUUUUGUUCUUGUUUUUUGUUUUUAAGUGCCGCUCUGAAUCCUCUGCCGGUGGAAGGUCCUCCUCUUCAAGGAAAGGAAAGGUAAUCUCAGGACAUGUGUUAAGCUUGGUCUAUAAUUUGCCUUAUUACAGCAACUACUGUAACCGGAAGUCACUUAGACAAAGUUGACCAGUAGGAUUACAGGAAAGUAACAGUACAUUCCAUGAAAGUUGGUUGUGGCCAAUCAGCAGCUCGUAAGAAAACAAUAACUGGGUUACUCAAAGCAAGAAAUAUAAAUAUUGAUAGCAAACGUUUUUCAAGAAAGCAAAAUGUUUCACCUGACGUUUUUGUAUUCCAAACUUUGCAUAUAACACCCAGGAGACUUGUUUGACACAAGCUUUUAUUUUGUCAUCUACCAGCAAUUUCUUCGCUACCAUUCAGGCCACAUUUUGCAAUAACAAGCGACCUCAAGUCAAAAUUAUGCCUAACGUGUACAGUUUCCUCCUCCGUCAGCACUCUAACGGACCUCUCAGAAAACACAGAGCGCUUACCAUUUGUAAAGAAAAGGUUUCCGAAAAGAGGAAUGGGUUAGAUUUGUACCAUCAAGACCCCAGGUAACGAGUGGGUCUGGGUUAAAACAAAUCACCUUCCGCCUCAAGAGGAAGCCUGGCACUGGUUAACCAGACAAAUGGUACAACAAAUUUCGGUUGUUUCGUAAUACCUCGAAAGGUAUUACUUUUUUCCGGAAAAUUUCCACCGGAAUAAACCGUCCCAUUUGAAUUUUCCCCGGAUUUACCGGGUUUUCCAUACAAAUGGUAAGCACUCUUAGGCUUUCUUCAACGGGUUCAAAAGGUCACGUCUGUAAUUUGUAAUUGGUUGAUUUUGAUCCAUGUUGUUGAUUUCGUUUCAUCGUAAUUAUGAUUGACAACAAACUUUUUCGGAAUGUAUUGUUAUUUUCCUGUCGUCCAAUUGGUCGACUUAGUCUAGGUGGCCCCGGUUAUAGUAGUCGCACUGUUAAUGUUUCCCCCAGUCUCUGCAAGCGUGUUCGCCCCUUUCAUUCCUAAACUUUUUGAUCAACUCGCAUGCUCGAGCUCUUUGAUUAACGUUCUACUCAUACAGUAAAUACCUGCGUGUAAGAACCUACACUUUUUGAAGUCUGGCAAAAAAGUUUCUUGUAUUUUGGGCUAGUAAUUGACAGUUUAGGCUCAGUAUAGGUUCUUAAUUUCUAUGAACAGAAGGAGAUAAAUUAUUGCUGACUACUAGAGGAAUAAGUGAAUUUGGUUUUGGUCCUUAAACUGUCGGUGUCGCUUGUCGUAUCUCCGUCCUGAUAACCGGUCGUCUAUAAAACAACCAACCAAAUGAUUCCUUUUUAACCAUCUAAAAGGCAUAAAAGAGGAGGUUAUUAGAAUGUUAAAACCAAAACAGCUCGCCAGUUAAUUGCAUGUGGCAAUGACCAACUCGAAAGCAUACGCUCCUUCGUUGUUCACUGCGCACAUUUUACCUUUCACCGUUACUUAUGCAAUUUGUUGUUCUCUCUUUCUUUUCUGUUCUUCACUCGCAGAUUAUUUGGGAGUUUUAAAACUUAAGUAUUGAUAUUUAGGAAAAUCAUUUUUAUGAAUGUUUGAUUAAGUCGUUUACAGACUGUGAUUUAAAGUUGGUUUUUUCCACUUAAGAUACCGUAAAAGACACAAAUCAUAUUCCAAGAGCCGACAGAAGUUAGUUUUUUGAGUAGGGUUCCAAGACUUGUGACAAACGUUUUUACAUGACUUUGAGCUAUUGCUUUAAACUGACUUAAUGGGUCCAAUAGUCUGGGCUUCCCUUAUUUCAGUAGAUGUUAAAAGCCAGUAGCCCAGAAAGCCUUAUGUGUUUUGUGCAUGAGUUAAAAUCAAGCAUGGACAGAAUAACUAAAGAGCAAGGUACAAUGGCUUAUGUGAUGGAUUCAGUCUUAAGACAAUUUUGAAAUAUAAUUUCAGCGGAGGAAAACCUACCCAUUAAAGUCUCAAACUUUCGAUGAACUUAAAGGACUGAAUGACGAGUGCAGUGAUAUAUCAGCGCCAUUUUGUACACAACAAAUGUCUAGUUUACGCUAAGACAUAAACUUAAACGGUUUGUAUAUGUUUGUUGAUAUUUCGAUUGAUAUUGGUCUUUUGUCAUUAUCACCUGUGGCGCUGUUAUAGUAACCUGCCAUCAGGCGAUUUUUUUUGGUCCGAUAUUUUUACCCCCGCCAAAAACAAAAAAAGCUCCUGAUCGCAGUUUACUGUUAUAGAAUAACAAGACGUAAUUUUUCACCAACAAUCUCGCAAUGUUCUCUUAUUAGCUUUAUGUGAAUUGUGAUGAUCAUUUUUAUUUUAUUUUUUAUAUCGUGUUACCCUAAAACUAAUUUUCUACGACUUGUAUUAAUUUUAUGGCUCUCUACUCUUUUAGUCUGAAUUCUACCACUCGUUAAUGACAUGUCCGAGUCGGAUAAUGACACGAGACGAUCAAAAUACCGUAUUUAUUCAAUUAACCGCCCUGGGCGCUUAUUAACCUUGACCUUGAGAGUGGGCGCUUAUUCGAGGUGGGCGCUUAUUAAACUUUCACCGUUUUCAGCAAGUGUAGUAUGUUUAUUUUGCAACAAAACAAUAAAUGGUCAUAACGAAACGUGAAGAUGUAACAAAGCAAGGUUUUUAUAAACCACCCCAACUCUGAAGAAAACUCUGUCUUCGGGGAAGUCUCUUUAUAUUAGUACUUAUUUAAUUUCAAUCUCAUUGUAACCCAGGUGGGUGGGGUGGGGGUGGGUGCUUAUUCGAGGCUGGGCGCUUAUCAACUUUUUUUGCCUUUAGGAUGGGCGCUUAUUCGAGGUGGGCACUAAUUCGAGGUUGGGCACUUAUUCGAAUAAAUACGGUAGCAGCUAUCAAGUACGAAGUUGAUGCAGUCUAAGUAAAGAACAAGAUGAAGUUUUUCACGAUAUUGCCGAAAAAAGACGUGGAAUGAGCACGAUAAAUUAUAAAAUUCACGUAGACCAUAAUGCACCUACUUAACCUCCCUCCACCCACCCCACCUGCCCCAGCUCUUUAAUUUUAUUCCCAUCCUGACCAUUAAUUAUGUUUUUGAUCUGUUUAGUCAGGUGCAUGUUCAACAAACCCUCGUGGAAAGUACAUAAUCACAAUGUCCCAAGGUCGAAAAAUACACCACCCCCCCCCUUCCUCACAGGUAGAUAAGUUGUUUAGGAUUUUAAAGAUUAUUCAAUAGUGGCAGGAGCCGAUUAGUAAUGGGCUCCUGAUAGUUGUAAAUUGUAAAAUAGUUGAAAAAUGCCUUUCUCCUCUCACUUACAUGUGAAUAAUUUGGUUGGGGUUUUUAUUAUUCAAUACUUGUAAAAAUAUUCUUAUGUUAUGAAUACAGCCAUUCGGAGGGCUGAGGAACUGGUUUUACCCUGCGAGCAGAUGUUGCUCUCUUGCAUGGCUUUUAGCGUUUACGAAGUCAUUCGCGUGGCUUGUCUGUUACUUACAGUAGUUGGUUUUUGUCUGCAGAAGUUUCUCACGGGGAGUAAACAAACCAACUACACAACAGACAAGCCACGCAAAUGACUUCGUAAACCAUAAAAGCCAUGCAAUAGAGAAACCUCUGCCCUCAGGGUAACGGGUUGUAAUCAACAGUUUUUUCUCCGAGGUCGUUCGAUUUGAACGUUUAGGUGGUUGGCCUCCACUUAAAAAAAAGUGCCAUAGGACAAGUUAGUCAUCUAAUGCUUUCUCCUUGCACACCAUGAAAUAUCACUGAUUUGCUAGGAUUUUACAAAAGGUCAUAUUUGAAUUUUUGGUGUAAAUUUUUUACUUUGGUCAGGGUUAAUUUGUCUUUUUAUAUACGAAGAAAAUCAAGUCACUGGUGAGAUAUUUUUAAAAUGGUAUACCAAUCGAAAGCAUUGCAACUAGUAUUUUUUGCGUAUUAUUAAUUCUAUGUACCAGUUUGUAUACAAUUUUUUAUUCAGACUAACUCUUAUUUGAUCAAUGACUUCGUUACGGUUAAUAUAUUAAGACUGACUGAAACUAUAUUUUUGGUAAGAUGCCGAUUAGCAUAAAAAUGCAAGUCCUUUUUCCACUCAACAAUUUUGAAAAAUGUUAUAAUAUAUAUGUAUUUUAAGUUCUUAUGGGACAUAAUUUUUAUCACGAGUUUCUGCUGCGCAGAGACAUAAAUAUUUUUAGAUAGGUGUAGAAUUUACUCCAAACAUGUAAUCAUCUCAAGUCAAUAGAAAAAUCUCAAUGUCC